UCUCUCGCUCCUCCAAUGAGCGCCUUUCCCGCAAAAAGUGGCCGCCACAGCAUGCAACAAGUAGACCUGCCAUAUUUUCUGUAAAACAAUGUCGAGCCCUGCUAGAGAAGAUGGAUCAGAACUGGCCGAUUCGGCCAAUUCUCCCACCUCCCCAGCCCGAGGCAGACGUCGAUCCCUUGGGUCUGAGGCCGUCACAUCCCCAGUUCGCGAACUUGAUGAGUUUGAGGACGAAUCCGACCUUAUCGGAGGCAAUGAUGAAGUCGAGGACCAGGCGCCCGUGGAAGAGGAGGAUGAGGAAGGCGAAGAGCUUUUUGGAGAGAACAUGGAAGCAGAUUAUCGACCCAUGCCCACUCUUGAUCGUUACGAUCCUAACAUGUUGGACGACGAAGAAGACUAUGAUGCAAUGUCACCAGCAACUAGGGCUGCUGUAGAGCAAGAGCUUCGUCGAAGGGACAAAGAGCUUGGAGGUCGAAGAGGAUUAGAAUAUGAGGAGAGUGAUGAAGAAGGUGAUGGAGUUGCCCCUCGACGAAAACGACGUCAGGCUGACAAAGCUGCUGAAGGCGACAUCGAGGAUUCUGAGAUGAUUGAAUCCAUUGAGAAUUUAGAGGACACCAAAGGGUACUCUACAAAGGAGUGGGUGUCGAUGCUUGGACCAAGCACCGAAAUCGCCAACAGGUUCAAGAGCUUCCUGAGAAACUACGUAAAUGAGCAAGGACAGUUUGUCUUCCGUGAAAGAAUGAGAAAGAUGUGUGAAAGCAAUAUGUCCAGCUUUGUUGUGGAAUUCCCUGUGCUUGUUGCUAAAGAGCAAAUUCUGGCUUAUUUCCUUCCUGAGGCUCCACUUGAAAUGCUUCAGAUUUUUGACAAAGUUGCCAAGGAGUUGGUUCUCAACAUGUUCCCUCAGUAUGAAAGAGUUGCCUCCGAGAUCCAUGUUAGGAUUUCAGACCUGCCUCUUGUGGAAGAAAUCAGAACCUUUAGAAAACUGCAUCUCAAUCAGCUUGUGAGGACCAAGGGUAUCGUAACUGCAACCACAGGCGUUUUGCCUCAGUUGUCUGCUAUCAAGUUUGACUGUAACAAGUGCGGAUUUGUUCUGGGUCCAUUUAUGCAGAGGCAGAACAACGAGGUUAAGCCUGGAAGCUGUCCAGAGUGUCAGUCCUCCGGACCUUUCAUGGUCAACAUGGAACAAACUUUGUACCGAAACUAUCAAAAAAUCGUGAUCCAAGAGUCUCCAUCCCGUAUUCCACCUGGCCGUGUCCCUCGUUCCAAGGACUGCAUCCUGUUAGGUGAUUUGUGUGACAGGUGCAAGCCUGGAGACGAAGUUGACGUCACAGCCAUCUACUCAAAUCAGUAUGACGGCUCUCUCAACACUAAGCAAGGCUUUCCAGUUUUCUCUACCAUUCUGAUUGCAAAUUAUGUGGCUGUUCAGGAUUCUAAAGAAAUUGUCCAAGCACUCACGGAUGAUGACAUCACUCAAAUCCGUAAGCUCAGCAAGGACAAGAAAAUCUUAGACAGGAUUGGCAAGUCCAUUGCUCCAUCAAUUUACGGCCACCAGUUUAUCAAAAGAGCACUCACUCUCUCCCUCUUUGGUGGAGAGUCCAAGAAUCCUGGUGACAAGCACAAAGUUAGAGGUGACAUCAAUGUGCUCAUGUGUGGUGACCCUGGUACAGCCAAAUCGCAGCUGUUGAAAAGCUUGGAGCAUGCUUGUCCAAGGGCAGUGUUUACCACAGGCCAAGGUGCCUCCGCAGUUGGUUUAACGGCCUACGUUCGAAGAUCCCCCAUGACCAGGGAGUGGACUCUGGAAGCUGGUGCGUUGGUCUUGGCUGAUUCUGGAAUUUGCCUGAUUGACGAGUUUGACAAGAUGAACGACCAAGACAGGACCUCCAUUCACGAAGCCAUGGAGCAGCAAAGUAUUUCCAUCUCCAAAGCUGGUAUUGUGACAUCAUUGCAAGCUCGAUGCGCUGUUAUUGCUGCUGCCAAUCCCAUCGGCGGACGCUACGAUCCCACCCUUACAUUCACGGAAAAUGUGAACUUGAGUGAGCCGAUCUUGUCUCGUUUUGAUGUCUUGUGUGUUGUGAAAGACGAGGUUGACCCAGUGAGAGAUUCUCAACUGGCCAGAUUUGUCGUAAACUCACACAUUUCGCACCACCCUGCAAGUGCUGACAAUGCAGAUAUUCGACUUUUGCCUCAAGAAUUUGAUGCUGAUGAUGAACUAGAGGUCAUUCCUCUGCAUCUGUUGAAGAAGUAUGUUGUGUUUUCAAAGCAGAGUGUCCGUCCAAAGUUGAUGGGCAUCGAUCAGGAUAGGGUGGCCAAAAUGUACAGCAAGCUUCGACAAGAGUCUUUGGCCACUGGCAGCUUGCCGAUUACUGUGCGCCAUGUGGAGAGUUUGAUUCGCUUGGCGGAGGCCAAUGCGCGCCUCCACCUCAGAGAUCAAGUGCAAGAGGCGGACGUUGAUCUCGCCAUCUCCAUCACCCUUGAGAGCUUCAUUAGCACACAGAAGUUCAGCGUCAUGCGCUCAAUGAGACAGACUUUCCAGAAGUUCCUUGGAUUCCAGCAGGAGCGCUCGGAGCUUCUGUACUACAUUUUGCGCCAGAUGACUUUGGACCAACUGACCUUCCAGAGGUGUGUGCGAGGACAGCAAUCUGAUGCUGUUGAAAUUGCAGAGAAGGACUUCCUUGCCAGGGCUAAUAUGGUAACUCCCGAUGAGGUGCAGUCAUUCUACAAAAGCAACAUCUUUAAGAAAAACCACUUCUCAUAUGAACCCUCAAGGAAGAUGAUCAUCCAGCUCUUACCAGAAAAUUGAACUUCUUGAGAGGCGCAAACUUUUAUAAUCUUUUAAUAAAUUAUGCCAAAUAUUUUUCGACGGAUCGUAAGACAUCAGUUUCAACUGCAUGUACCAUACCAAAAAGUGGAGGUGCCGGGGAUCGAACCCGGGGCCUUUCACAUGCAAAGCGAACGCUCUACCACUGAGCUACACCCCCUGUUGUCAAAGUGCAGAACUAGAGGCCUAUUUAAUUCACAAGUCAGUGGUCUGUGACGUCAU